AUGGAAAGGGAAAUUCUCUGGCAUUCUACUUUAGGAGAAACCUGGAAACCUGAUAAUUAUUUAGAAGGUGAACUAAAAAAAAAAAAAAAAAACCAAGAUAGAUAUCUGGGUCAAGUAGCAGUUACUCAUACAGAAAUCUUCACUAAGAGGAGGGUCUGUAAAGGGAAUGAAUUUGAAAGAUGUUCCAGCCAAGGUUCAGCCAUUGAUACACAACAGAAAACCCCUAUGGAAAAGAAGUGCCACAAUUGUAAUUUGCGAAAAGAUGUCAAACAAAAUUCUGAAUUAAUUAAAACUCAAAAUAUGCUUAUCAUUAAGAAACUUGAGUGUAAUGAAUGUGGGAAAGUCUUCAGCCAGAGCUCUUCCCUUCUUAAGCACCAGAGGAUUCAUACUGGUGAAAAACCAUAUAAGUGUAAUGUGUGUGGAAAGCAUUUCAUUGAACGGUCCUCCCUUACUGUAUAUCAAAGAAUUCAUACUGGGGAGAAACCCUACAAGUUUAAUGAAUGUGGAAAAGCCUUUAGUCAGAGCAUGAACCUUACUGUUCAUCAAAAAAUCCAUACUGGGGAGAAUCCCUAUAAGUGUAAAGAGUGUGGAAGAGCCUUCUGUAAGAAUUCAUCCCUGAUUCAACAUGAAUGAAUUCAUACUGGCGAGAAACCCUACAAAUGUAAUGAAUGUGGGAAAGCAUCCCAAAGCAUGAAUCUUACAGUGCACCAGAGAACUCAUACAGGAGAAAAGCCCUACAAAUGUAAUGAAUGUGGGAAAGCCUUCAGUCACAGCAUGCAUCUUAUUGUACAUCAGCGGCAUUACACUGGAGAGAAACCCUAUGAGUGUAGUGAAUGUGGAAAAGCCUUUAGCAAGAGCUCAACUCUUACCCUACAUAAGCAAAAUCACACUGGAGAAAAACCUUACAAAUGUAACAAAUGUGGGAAAUCCUUUAGCCAAAGUAUAUAUCUUACAGAACAUCAGAGACUUCAUUCUGGAGUAAAACCAUUUGAAUGUAAUCAGUGUGGAAAGGAUUUCAGUAAGAAUUCCUCUCUUACUCAACAUUGGAGAAUUCACACUGGAGAAAAACCUUAUGAGUGUAUGGCAUGUGGAAAACAUUUCCCUGGGAGAUCAUCCUUAACUGUACAUUGGGCCAUUCAUACUGGAGAAAAAACUAAUGAAUGUGGGAAAGCCUUCAGUCAGAAUGCUUAUCUUAUUGAGCAUCAAAGAAUUCAUACUGGUGAGAAACCCUAUGAAUGUGAUCAGUGUGGUAAAGCCUUCAUUAAAAAUUCAUCCCUUAUAGUGCAUCAGAGAACUCAUACAGGAGAGAAACCAUAUCAGUGUAAUGAUUGUGGAAAAGCUUUCAGUUGGAGUACAAACCUUACACGACACAGAAGAACUCAUACAUGA